CAGAAUCCCUCCCCAUCUCCAUUUCCAUGGAGCAAAGCGGCAGCGAGAUCGCGGCCAAGCGCGUGAAGCCCUCCGACGGCGCCGCCGCCGCCGCCGGCGAGGACCUCCUUAGCGCGCUCCCCGACGAUGUCCUCGUCCUCAUCCUGCUCCGCCUCGGCACCGCCGCCGCCGUCCAGACCAGCUCCCUCUCGCGCCGCUGGCGCCGCGUCUGGGCCCUCCUCCCGGAGCUCCGCUUCCACCUCGCCCCGGACGGCCCCCGCAUCCGCGAGCUUCUCGACGCCCCUGAAGCCCCGGAGCUCCGCUGCGUUUCCGUCACCACCGAAGACGCCGCCCCCCACUCCGCGGCGGCCUGGCUUCCCGUCGCCGCGCGCCGCCUCUCCGGGGAUCUUGUCUACCACAACGUGGUUCGGGGGAACCACGUCGACGAGGAUGAUGAUGAUGAUGAUGGUGAUGAGGAGGAGGCGGAGGAGGCCGGGGUUAGAGGCGACGUUCAGCUGCCCUGCUUCGGGAAGGCCAUCAAGAUUGUGCUCAACCUAGGGUUUCUCAGCCUCGCCUUGCCGUCCAUGGGUAUCUUCCCCCGGCUCACCAAGCUCUCCCUGAGUCGGGUCCGGUUCCGUGGCCCAUGCGAGCUCGGCAAUUUAGUCUCCUCGCCGCGGUGCCCGUGCUUGCAGAAGCUCAAGGUCCAUGACUCCAGGGGGCUGCACAAUCUCUCCAUCCACUCUGAGUCUCUCCUGCAAAUUAAGCUGGAGAGCCUUUAUUCCUUGCAGCAGCUCACAAUUGUGGCACCGGCUCUCCUGGGGUUAGCCGUGACUUUUAGCUUCAUUGAUGAUGAUCCGAGUAAACCGAUUGCCAACAUCUCAGCGCCGCAGCUGGUGUCUUUGACGUGGAGAGAUUUGUAUGAUCCGCGAUAUGUCCAUCUUGGCAAUUUGGGACGACUCCAAAAGCUGAACAGCUUUUUUAUUGUAUAUGGGCAACAUGCCAGUAGAGAUAAGAAUCAGUAUUGUCUGAGGCUCUUGCAGCAAUUUCAGGUCAUUCACAGUCUUAAGCUCAUGCUCGUGUAUCGGAAGGACAUAGAUGACUUUCAAUACUUAAUGGGAGACAUGAAAAUGCUUCCUCAAAUUACGUUCUUGCAACUGGCUGUAUCCAACGAAGGUCAUGCUUUUGGAGCCAGCUCAUUCCAUCUGCUCAGGAUGUGUACUGGUCUAAGAAGAUUGGUAUUUGUGUUACAUGACAAUAGGAACCUGGAGGCGCAGUCUACAUGUCCAUCAGGCUGCAUUUGUGAUCAACCAACAAGCUGGAAGACCGAGGGACUUGUGCUGAAUCACCUUGAACAUGUAACCAUUUUUGGCCUGCAAGGAGCUGAGCGUGAAGUUACUUUUGUGAAACAACUGUUCAGUUGGGCGAUGGUGCUGAAAAACAUUAGAAUAACAUUCGACUACCAGGUCACUGAAAGCAAGGCCAGAGACUUCUGCCAGGCAUUAGCGGGCUUCUCAAGGCCAGAAACGUCUGUGGAAUUUCACUUGUUCCGUGAUGCGGACAAGAGGUCGGUGUAUUUGCUUGCACCAGAAGGCCAAGGCACCGAUUUGUGACUGUGGAGCACUGAUCGUUCUCUGUUAUUGCUUCACUGCUUGUAUAUCUUUUAGUUUUCCUCUGUAUGCCGUAGUCUGCUGCAUGUUACUGUUAAAGUUACAAACCAUGGAGCGCUGAUCGUUCCCUGUUGUUGCCUCACUUCACUUGUGUCUUUUGUUUUUCCUCUGUAUGCCGUAGUAUGCUGCAUGUUAAUGUUUUUCCUUAUAAGAUGAUGUAGAUCCAGCAGUGGAUGAUCUCUGUGGAUAUGGUGAUCUGUUGAUGUUGAAAUGUCACGAUAUAUUCUUA